AUGGUGGUGAAGGAGUUCCUCGACUCGGAUAGAGUCAACUUUCUCAUCUGGAGGUAUCUGUUGGAAGGGAACUAUCGCGAGACGGCCGCCAAGUUCCAGAAGGAGUGGCACGUCAAGGAGCCGCACCGGGAUUUUGACUUUGCCCGCCACGUCAAGGGCCACGCUCUCGUCUCCGUCGUCAAUCGCGGCCUCCUCUACUAUGCCUUGGAGCGCGACUGUAUUCUCAAUCAGCUGCCCCAGGAGUCGACCGCUGCGGCCGAAUCGUCGCAGGUGGGCAUCUUUGGGCCUCUCACGGCGCCGCAGCUUCCUCCGACUAAGCGGGAGGAGGCCGACGACGCUGCAGUACCGGCCGGCGAGGAUCCCGACGCGCUGAGAAAACGGGCGCCCGAGCAGCAGCAGGUGCCGAAUGGGUCGCCGGCAAAACGCCCGCGCCUCAGCAAUGGCUACGACAACGGGCCCGAUGCAGCACCCCUCGCAACCGCCACAACCACCACCACAGCCACGACGCCUAUGGACGUCGACCACCCGCCCCAUCCCCUCGACGACCAGCAAAACCAGGACAGCGCCACCAAUCACGCCUACCCGUCACCGCUCGAGGGCGAGCAGCUGCCGCCUCCCGUCCCGCAGACCGAGGGCCCCGAGCAAGGCACCCAGGUCGACAAGGUCGAGGAGCUGUCGCCUGUAACCAGCUUCAUCCGCCUCACAGACGAGGACCACGGCGCCGCAGCCGACACGACACCAUCGCCCUCGCCCGCGGGCUCGGAGAAUGCGCCUGUCCUGCUUCAGUGCGAGUGGAACCCCAGAGACCCAUCCGUUUUGGCGGCUGCUGGCACCGACGCGCUAGCCCGUGUUUGGACGGUUUCGCGUGCCACUGCGCCAGAGCCUGGCCACGAUCACGUGUCACCCCAAGCCCACUCGCUCAUCGACCAGAACGCACCCAAAGCGACGACGGUGACGGCGCUGUCGUGGACGUCGGACGGUUCGGCCAUUGCGGUCGCAACCGAUACUGGAACGCGAUGUUCCGUGAACAUCUGGUCCCCCGACGGCGUUCUUGGACAGACGCUCGACGUCAGCGAAGGGCCCGUCAUCAAGCUGACCUGGAACCCGACCAACACGGCCUUGCUCGCCAUUUACCCAGCAAAGGGGGGCGGCGCGAUCGUCAACGUGUUCGCGAUUCCGUCGGAAGCAACAAUCACGUACCAUCUCCCAAGUCAUGACAUCGCCGCUACGCCGCUCGAUGCAGCCUGGACGAGCGACUCUGACUUUCUCCUCUGCGGUGGAGACCUCUUGCUUUGCCUCCGAUGCGUGGACAUGAAAAUUGUCCAGGUUCGCAAGUUUGAGACCAAAGACGACGAUAGCUUUACACAAGUGCUCUUUGACUGGCGGUCGAAGCUCGCCGCGACGGCAAGCGACAAGGGCUCCCUCGAUCUGUGGGAUGAGCAUGGGCAGCGCCGAUCAAUACAGGCCCAUCAAGGCGCCAUCACGACGAUGGCGUGGCAGCCACUGCCGCCUUCACAGCCCGAGGCCGACGACGAGCGCCUUAUCGCAACGGGCGGCGACGACUGCGCAAUCCUGAUCUGGAAUGCGCGAAAGCCCGAAGCCAAAUCGAAAUGCUUCUUGACUAUGGAUUCGCCAAUUGUUCGACUUGCUUUUACGCCGGACGGCGCCUUUAUUGCUGGCGCAACAACGCGGCAGGUGUUGAUCUGGAAGGUGGACAACUUUGCCAUGCCGCGAGCGAGCUGGAAGCGACCGCCGCACCCCGGGUGGCUUAGCCCCAAGGGCUCGUCCGACACCGACGAAGAAGACGAGCAUUGUUUGUGUUGGGACAUGAGCGGACAAAAGCUGGCCUACGGCUCCAAUAGUAGACUUGCCGUCAUCAACUUCAGCCGGUAG